AGGCUUUACGAAGGACCACUAUAGUAUACGACCUACAUACUGCCAUAACAAACGCACCACCAGACUGACAACAAAAUACAACAUUGAACUGUUUUUGAAUUUUCCAUUACCCUUUUAGAUGCUAAAGUUAAAAUCUGAAUGCUAUGUCUUUUGUGCGUUAGUUUUUUGACGCUGGACACCAAUUUCCAUCGAUUUGCGAACAGAUAUAAUGCGUUUCCAGGCAAAGCGAUGCGGAGUGCAGUUCUCUCCUCCAUCUAUAAUUUUAAUUUAUCAACAAUUAGAUACGAACAAAGUGCGAAAGAGAAUUAUACCUGUGCGGAAUUUCUCAAAAUAUUCAGAUUAUAACAUGGCUGCAGAAAGACUGAAGAACCACCCUCGGCACAAGGACUAUCUCGAGAAUGUGUCCCAAGGCCAGCUAGAAAAGCUUCAUAUAAUCCUGCGAGACCACCUGCAGGGCUUCAGCCUGGAGCACAGUUUAGCCUCAUUCCACUUAGACACCGAUGAAGACCUGAACAAACUUGGCGACGAUGAGCUAGCUCGUAAGAAAGGCCAGAUGGACGAACUGUUUGAGAAGAAUCGAAAGCACAAAGAUGAUCCCGAUUUUGUCUAUGACUUAGAAGUGGACUUCAGCAAGCCCACCGCAGAAAGAUGUAGCUGGGAUGAAGAGUCUGAGGAUGAUUUUUAAAAGAAUCCAUAUUCAUUCAUGAAUCCCAUUUAACUUUGUCAACUGGUUCAUCACCAUGUAUGUGGUAAACAAAGGUUGGUGUUGUUUGAGGUUUUUGGUGUUAAGAAGUAAAAAUGGAUGGCCAUUCUAUAUCAGUCCACUUGUUGUAUAAAGUACAUAAAGUUAUAUUGUAUUCUUUAUUUUGAUUGUUUACCAGUUUGCACCUUGAAAAUGGUGGCAGAGGAGGGAGUCUGCAGUCAAAAAGCUUUGAGGGUUAUACAGUAUAAAAAAAAUUUUAAUGUAUGAACAGAGGUUUUCUAAUGACACGGGAUCAUUAACAGGGAAAGAACAAAAUAAUUAAAAAAAUAAAUUAAGGUAAAUAUUUAUUUGGUAUAAAAUACUGUGUUUACAAAAGACUUUGGCUGUUUUUAUUUGUUGCUGCCACAUAAAUGUGAUAUUCACAGUUCAGAAUGAUGGACAAUAAAAUCUGGUGAAAUAAAA